AUGGUUGAAGGCCCUCGCUUUCUCCAUUGUAAACCGAGACCACUAUGCUCCGGCACAGACCCCCCUGCACACUUCCAGCCCUCGUGCGCUUGUGCCUUGCUAAAUCCACUGGACCAGUUCAUCUCACACUGGCAUUUCGUAGACAGUAUUGGAACUCAAAGUCCUGGAGAUGUCAAGGCAACUUCGUAUGAGGAUGCUCUUGAGAUGUUCUGUGAGGGAGUUAAUGCGUUUGGGCCUAUUUGGGAUCAUGUGUUGGGGUACUGGAAGGAGAGCAAGGAGAGACCUGACAAGCACCGACCCUGCUUAUGGGACAGUUUUGUCAUACAGGUCAAUGCAAGUAGCCAAUUCUGUGGUGUUGCAGAGAUGAUUGAUCCUGUUGAUUUCCAUAAGGAUAUGGACUUCUAG